UAAACAGUAAAAAUGAAGAGUUUGAGCUUUCAAGAGAUGUUGGCUAAGAAGGUAAAACAGUUUUCCAUUCUGGUACUACUGAUUGUCGCAUCAGCUGUUACAAUGGGCAUAGCUGAAUCCCAAUCUCUAGCUCCCACCCAACUGGAUACAGUUGGGAUUCCUGGGUUGUUUCCACCAAUAUUGCCAGGUCCAUACAAUCCGGAUAUCGGAAAAUGUUGGUCAACUCUUGUUAAUAUUGAAGGUUGCAAAGCUGAGAUCUUGAAUUUCCUAUUUACAUUUCAGCUCCGACUAGGUCCGGCAUGUUGCAAAGCUAUUAUUGACCUCAGUGAGACUUGCUUGCCGGCCGUUUUCGCAUGGGGAGGAGGAAUACUCAACCCUACUUACCCAAAUGUAGUCAAAGGCUAUUGUGCGUCCAUAACUGCAGGGGGGAAAUCACCGCCAGCUCCUUUUGCUGCUCAUAUGUCUCCACCGCCACCACCACAGGUUCAUCUAGGAGCACCUGGACCUGCGUCAGUUGAACCACCAACCACCUCUUUUGCAAUUGCCGCAGCUGAAUCCCAACCUCUUGCUCCCACCCAACUAGAUACAGUUCAGAUGCCUGGAUUGUUUCCACCACUACCACCAGGUCCAUAUAAUUCAGAAAUCGGAAAGUGUUGGUCAACUCUUGUUGAUAUCCAAGGUUGCAAUGCUGAGAUCUUGAAUUUCCUAUUCACGUUUCAGCUCCGACUAGGUCCUGCAUGUUGCAAAGCUAUCAUUGGCCUCACUGAAACUUGCUUUCCGGCUGUUUUCUCAUCGGAUUGGGGGUGGGGAAGAGGAAUACCGUUCAACCCUGUUUACCCAAAUGUAGUCAAGGGCUACUGUGCCUCCAUAACGGGAGGGAAAACAUCACCACCCGCUCUAAACCACGCUCCCUCAACAGAAGUGCACCAUAACUAGACAUCCAUUCUUUUGGGGAAUGCGUAUAAUAAAUUCUUAGCACUUUAAAGUAGAUGACUAUUUCCAGACGCGUCAAUGAAAAAUACUUUUCAAGGCUAUCUGUUUGAAUCCUCAUUCUGCUCAGUUUCUUUUACAAAUGAAUGAAAAGGU